CAGCUUGAGUGCCGUUUUUGGAGCACUCGUAAGAAGCUCGGGCUGAACUCGAACUCGCCUCCAUUUUUCCAGACAUCCCUUAUGCCCAAAUCGAAACAUCUUUUUCAUUUUAGCAGGGAAUGCGAAGCAAGACGGUUACUUUCCAUUGCUAAAUUGUCUUUUGGAUCUUGUCCUUUUCAGUUAUAUGAGCUCUCUGAUGACACAAAGCGCAAGGAAUGGUUAGAUGACUGGUUGAGCUUUAUGCAUCGAAUCGGUAAGCCUGUGACAAGAAUCCCUAUCAUGGCCAAACAAGUGUUGGAUUUAUACGAACUAUAUCGCCUUGUUGUCCAACAUGGUGGUCUAGUGGAGAUUAUCAACAAAAAACUCUGGCGAGAAAUAACAAAAGGAUUAAAUUUGCCGUCUAGUAUCACUUCAGCAGCCUUCACGCUUCGUACUCAGUAUCAAAAGUACCUCUAUGACUAUGAGUGCGAAAAAGAGGCCCUAUCAAAUCCCUCAGACCUUCAAGCCGCUAUUGACGGUAACCGACGAGAAGGUCGUCGAAAUGCCUCAGCGCCAAACUUCGGACCUCUUGGCUAUCCAUUGCCACACGCGUCUACAGCCGCCAACCUUCUCACGAAGCCCUUCAACGGUCUCGGGAUGAGAAACGAGUUCAUGGACGACGAAAACGGGUUAUCAAUGUCAUUGCCACAAAAUAAUCUCCUGGCAGCCUACCGAGCCGAGCAAAUGGCCAUGUUCGAGGCUCAGCAACGACAAAUGGAACGGGCACAACGGUACGUCAAAAAUGUUCCGCAAUUAUUAGAUUACAAAACCUAA